AUGUCUGAUGAAUUUUAUGAUUCAGAUGCAGAGGGUGAGAUACACAUGGAGUGGCUUUCUGAUGAUUCUGAUAUUGAAACAAUGGGUUAUGACUGGACAGAUUCAGAAUCAGAUGAGGACCAACAUGACCUCACAACAAACACACAGACAAUCAAUACACACUUUGUUUGGUUGAAUGAAUUUCGAAGGAACCAAGUAGCAAACAAGUUACAGCAACUUGCAAGCGAAAAAGACACACCUUAUGGAGCGAAGUGGAAAUUGCCUCGUGGCACAAUCAAUAAGUUAGCAACAAAGUACUCUGUUUCAAGGUGGACAAUAUCAAGAAUAUGGCACAAGGUAGAAAUGCAAAUGACAUCAGAUGCAUCUAUUGAGAUUGGUUCCCUCAAAAAAGGUAGAGUUGGGAAGAAAAGAAAGAUGCUAGAUCCAAAUGCAUUAAUGGAAAUCCCUUUGAGGAAGAGGACUACUCUGAGGUUAAUGGCGGCCGCAUUAGGUAUGCACAAUUUGACACUUUAUCGAUUGAUGAAAAGAGGUGCAUUAAGGAAGCAUAUAAACACUAUGAAACCACAUUUAACACAAUCACAUAAACUUGCUAGAGUACUAUGGUGUUUGAACGCAAUUAUUCCGGCAACUCUAAACACUAUACCCAAGUUUUCACACAUGUACAAUAUGAUUCAUAUUGAUGAGAAGUGGUUUUGCAUGUCAAGAAUUAUGCAAAGAUACUACUUGGAUCCAACGAAAAAGGCACCUCGCAGAACAUGCAAGUCAAAAAGAUUCAUAGUGAAAGUCAUGUUUGAAGGUGUCAUGUCUAGGCCACACAUAACAUCUGAGGGGGUGUCAAUUUGGGAUGGUAAGAUUGGUAUCUCUCCUUUUGUAGACAAAGUACCAGCAAAAAGACGGAGUAACAACAGAGAAGCUGGAACCUUGGAAACAAAACCCAUCACAAGCAUUACAAAGGAGAAAUGGCCACCAUAUGCAUGCAAGGACAUAUGGAUACAGCAAGAUAAUGCACGCCCGCACAUUGACAACACAGAUGCAGAUUUCAUAGAGACAGCCACAUCGGAUGGAUUUAACAUGAGACUAGUGAAUCAACCAGUACAAAGUCCAGACCUAAAUGUGCUUGACUUGGGUUUCUUUAAUGCUAUUCAAUCCCUAAAAGAUCAAAAGGCACCAAAGACUGUUGAUAAGUUAAUCAAGGUAGUUCAGGCUGCAUAUGAUGAAUAUGACCCAAAGUUAGGAAAUCACAUUUUCCUAAGUUUACAAUAUUGUAUGAUUGAAGUUCUGAAGCUCAAAGGUAAUAACAACUACAACCCUCCCCAUGCGGGCAAGCAAAGAAUAGAAAGGGAAGGGGUGCUACCUAUUAGUGUAGAGAUUCCAAGAGAAUUAGUUGAAGAAUGCCGAAUAUAG